AUCCCCAACUCUCUCGUCAUUUCUCACCCAAAACUAAACCCCUAACUCAAAACUAAUUUUCUCUCUGUCCCGUAAAUACCAUAACCCCAAGAUUUCUCUCUCUUAUCGCGACCCUCUCUCCUCUCUUGUGCUUUUCGUCGCCGGAGCCUCGCCAGUGAUGCGUGGUUCUGUUUUUCUGUUGUUGCCACUGAAGUAGUUGUUGUUGCUACUCCCUCCUUUCUUUCGCUCUCCUCACAAUUCGAUCCCCUCCCCUAUUUGUCCCUCCUCGACGCUGCUCUCGCGUCACCCGCGCUGCCUUGCCGUCGCCAGUGCUACUUUUGUGUUGUUGUCGUUUUUGUUCCAGUGGAUACUGUUGAUGGUGGUGUUGCGGUUGUCAUCGACGUCUCCUCCCCCGCCCAAUCUCUCGCUCCCGUUGCUGCUCGUGCUGCAAAGCAACUGUUGGUGGUUGUCGCACCACUUGUUCUAAGCUCUCUUGGAGGAAGAAGAGGCUAAGGAAGGCAAGUAAAGUUCCAAGUAUCUAUCUUUGUCGUUGGUGUUAAGAGUGUUUUUGGUGUAUGAGCAGGAAAUUGAAAUCCCCAAAUCUCAUCCCGCUCGAUCCGGAGAUUGAAAAUAUUGCUCGUAGACUCAGAAAGAAAGCUAAACAAACAAAGCUGUAUGCAGGGACACCCUCCCAAAAGAUACCUUCUCUACCAUCUUCCCCACACCAAGAAUCCCCGCCUCACCUCUUACUCUCAACAUGGGUGAGAAUGUUACACGAACCUUCAGAGACUACGCACAACCAUCUCCUGAUAAUGUGCCUACUAGGGUACGGAUGCCCACUAUCGCCGCUACUAAUUUUAAGAUCAAGUCUCAUGUUUUGAAUAUGGUUCAAAAUAAUCAGUUCGCUGGGUUACUAUCUGAAGACCCAAAUCAGCACCUGCAGAGAUUCUUACAGUGUUGUACUACUCAGAAACAAGCUGGUGUUACUCCUGAUGAGAUGAAACUCCUCCUAUUUGGUUUCUCUCUGUGCGAUAAAGCUCUAUUCUGGUAUAAUAAGUUGCCUUCCACCAUCACCACCUGACCAGAACUUUCCAAGAUUUUUCUUAUCAAGUGGCACCCUUACCAAAAGACUGCCUGUUGAACCCUAGUUUUGAUGAUGACAAAGAAACAAAGAUGCAAACUAAGUAGUGAACUAAUGAGUUAUUUAAGUGUAUGAUUUUUAAGGUAUCAAUGAAAGGAACUAGGAGAAUACGAAGUCAAGGAAGAAGUCAAGAGAGGAUUUCAAAGGCUAAGUAAAGAUGUUUCUAGAAGUUGAUACUGGAGCAAGCAUUGGAUCAAGAAGAAUAAAAGCAAGGCGUUUUAUUUUCUAGUUCCAUUGUAAAGGAACAAAGUAAGGAUGGUAAGGAACAUUGACAGUUUUAUUUGAGAAUGAGAGUUUGUUCCUUUCUAAGGAACAAACUAAGUGGCACUAAACGAAUCUGUUAUAGGAACUUAACUUAUAAAAGUAACUAGACUUAGGCGUGCAGUUGUAUAACGGUACAAUUAUGAAAUUGAGUAAGUGAUGCCUAAAUAAUAGGAAAUCAGUUUAUAUCUAAAUGAAAAUCGGUUUUAAUAGAAAAUCUUUUUAAGGAAAAGAUUUUGUUUUUCGGAAAAAGAUAAGAAAAUAAUUAUCCGGUUUUAUAAAGAGUUGGUUUAAAAGAUAUUAUUUUCUUAAAGAUUAAAAAUUCAGUUUUAAUAAAUCUGUUUUUAUGUUUAACUGAUUUUCGGAUAAAACUCAAGAAACUCCAAAACUUUAGGAGUUGUGGCUGAAAUAUAUCCACGUUCAAAAUGAGAUCAUGGGAUCAUGGGACAUGAUGAGAAACGUGUUCCUUAGGGGAAGGAACAUCAUGGGUUAAUGGACUUAACAUGAACUCGAUUUUAACUACCACGUUCUUUGUGAUUGUCACUAUAAAUAUUGAAGUCUAAAUAAGUUCCAAAGUAUGUCUGACUAAGUAAUUAAGUGACUUUAACUAAUUAAGUGUCAGUGCCCUUCAUUCUCUCAUAAUAGUCAUUUGUUCUUUGCUUUCUUACUCUAAUUCCACUAAGCUUAUUUUGAUCAAUUGUAUUUUGGUUUUUGGGUAAGGGAACUUUGAGUGAAGUUCUGUAAGAGAGAAGCUUUGAGUAUAGCUUGUAAGAGUGAGAAAACUUCGAGUGAAGUUGAGAGGAACUACUGUUAAGGGAACAGUGGCUCGGAACUUGAGUUUAGGAACUCAAGGUGUGGCUCGAGUUAGAAUUAGGUUGUAACAAAGUUGUUUGGCCUAAUUAGUGAAAGAGUUGAGUUUAAAAUCCCUAGUGGUCGAGGUUGUUUCUUCUUGUUGGGCCCAAGAAGUUUUUCCUCGUAAAAAUCCUAUGUGUUCCUCUAGCUUGUUUAUUCGAUAAGUUUAAAUUUCCGCAAAAAGUUACGUUUAUUUCUACACCUACAAUUCACCCCCCCUCUUGUAGUGUUCCUAGGGAAAUAACAAUUGAUAUCAGAGCUAGAAAUCACGUAAGAUAGGAAACCCUAUUGAGAAAAAGAUCCAAGCAACAAUGAAUACCACCGAGAAACUUGAAGAAGGUUACUCCACUCAAAGGCCUCCUAUGUUCAAUGGGAAGUACUACAACUACUGGAAGAACCGCAUGGAGAUAUUCAUCAAAGCUGAAAAUUACAGGUAUGGAGAGUCAUUGAAGUUGGUGAUUUCGAAGUCACAACUACAAAUGACAAAAAUGAGGUAACUCUAAACCCCUCUCUGAUUAUGACAAAUCUGAUUUUGAAAAGAUGGAAGUAAAUGCCAUGGCUAUUAAACUGUUGCAUUGUGGACUUGGACCCCAUGGACAUAAUAGGAUCAUGGGAUGCAAAUCCGCAAAGCAGAUAUGGGAUUUACUAGAAAGAACCCAUGAAGGAACUAAUGAAGUCAAAAUAUCCAAAAUUGAUUUACUUAUGAAUCAAUAUGAAUUGUUCUGCAUGAAAUCUAAGGAAAGCAUUCGAGAUAUGUUUACUCGUUUUACUAACAUUAUUAAUGAGUUGGCUUCUCUUGGAAAGUUUAUUUCAUCUGAGGAAUAGGUUCGAAAGGUUCUUAGGAGUCUUCCUAAGGACAGAUGGAUGGCCAAGGUCACUGCUAUACAAGAAACAAAAGACUUCACUAAGUUCAACUUAGAAAAGCUGGCAGGGUCACUUAUGACUCAUGAGCUUCACCUUGAUACUGAGUAUGGUGAAAGCUCAAAAACAAAAUCAAUUGCUCUCAAAGCAGAUGAUGAAGAUGAUUCGGAUUCAGAAGAAGAAAAAGCAGCCCUCAUGGUUCGAAAAUUUCGAAAGAUGUACAGGAACAUGAAGAAUGGGAACUUCAAAGGUAGAACUAAGAAAUUUUCUAACAAAGCUGCUUGUCAUAAAUGUGGUAGUACAUAUCACUUCAUCAAGGAAUGUCCUCUUUGGGAAAAUGACAAAACCAAAGAAAGGAAAAAGGAACGCUUUGCUGAAAGGAACAAAGAAUCAAAGACACCUUUCUCUAAGGCAAAUGUGCGCAAAGCUAUGAUAGCUGCUUGGGGAGAUUCAGAGAUGGAAGAAGAAGAGGAACAACAAACUGAAGAAACAGCAAACCUUUGCCUCAUGGCAAAUACUAACGAAAAAGAAGAUGAAGAAAAAGUUGAGGUAAGUCAACAUGGGCUUAAGUCAGACUUAAAUUGUAAAACUAGGCCUGAAAUAUAUGAUCUUCUUUAUGAUGCAAUUUUUGAAUGUAGAGAUGAACGUGAAAAACGUAAACAAACUGAACAAGCCUUAAAGGUCUACAAGGAACACAUAGAAUGACUUAAGAAAAUGAGAACAGAUGUUGAAACAAGAUUCUUUGAUUUAUUUGAUAAAAACUUAAAAAUCAAAGAAUGUUAUGAAAGUUUGAAAAU